ACCUAUAAUCUGUUUUUAAAGCUAGGAAGUAAAAUAUAUAUAUAUAUAUAUAUAUAUAUUUUUUUUUUCUUCGAAGUGCAUUCUUGUAAGAUGUAACAGAGAAGAGAAGGUUUAGCGAGUUUCGAGGUUGGAGGUUCAAUAACAAGCACUGAAACACGUUUAUUUAUUCCAACAUGCUCCGGAAGAUCACUAUUUCAAUUUAUCAUCCCAAUCUUGUAUAUUCUUCCUUCAACCCCUUAAUUACCCGCCAACUAUCUGUUUCCUCGUUCCCGCCAAACCCAUCGUAUUUGAAAUCACUAUGCUCCAACGGUCGGCUGAGAGAAGCUUUGGUGGAAAUGGCUGCUCAAGGCAUUGCUAUGAUGUUUGAAGGCUACGAUACCUUGUUGAAUGAGUGUGUGAACCAAAGGGCUAUUAGAGAAGGCCAAAGAGUGCAUGCCCACAUGAUUAAAACCUGUUAUCUCCCACCGGUCUACCUAAGGACUCGGCUAAUCGUUUUGUACAGUAAAUGUGAUUGUCUGGGUGAUGCACAGAGGGUGCUUGACGAAAUGACUCUUCGAAACGUGGUGUCAUGGACGGCCAUGAUUUCGGCUUAUGCUCAGAGGGGGUAUUCCUCCGAAGCCUUGAAUCUUUUUGUGAAAAUGUUAAGAUCAGAUUUUGCAGGUACAGAACCUAAUGAGUUUACUUUCGCGACUGUACUCACUUCAUGUACUGGUCCUUCAGGCUGUAACUUGGGAAGGCAAAUCCACUCUCUCAUAAUAAAAAGGAAUUUUGAAUCACAUAUAUAUGUUGGGAGUUCACUUCUUGACAUGUAUGCAAAAUCUGGUAGAAUCCAUGAAGCCCACAGGAUUUUCAAAUGCAUGCCAGAAAGGGAUAUUGUUUCUUGUACUGCUAUAAUCUCUGGCUAUGCCCAACUGGGUCUUGAUGAAGAGGCAUUGAAACUAUUCCGCCAGUUGCUGAGGGAAGGAAUGAUAGCAAACUAUGUUACUUAUGCCAGUGUCCUAACAGCUUUAUCUGGGCUUGCUGCAUUAGACCUUGGCAGGCAAGUUCAUAACCAUGUUCUUCGUUCCCAACUGCCCUCAUAUGUGGUUCUUCAGAACUCUUUGAUUGAUAUGUACUCAAAAUGUGGGGGCCUCUGUUACUCUAGAAGGAUCUUUGAUAGUAUGAAUGAAAGAACUGUUAUAUCCUGGAAUGCAAUGCUUGUCGGAUAUAGUAAACAUGGAAUGGGAAGAGAGGUGGUGGAGCUUUUCAAAUUAAUGAGAGAAGAAAACCAGGUCAAGCCUGACAGUGUAACUUUUCUUGCUGUUUUAUCUGGUUGCAGCCAUGGAGGGAUGGAAAAUAAAGGGCUGGAAAUUUUUGAUGAGAUGGCAAUUACAAGGGAUGGAGAGGAGCCAGAGAUGGAGCAUUAUGGAUGCGUUGUUGAUCUGCUUGGUCGUGCUGGUCGAGUAGAAGAGGCUUUGGAGUUCAUCAAAAAAAUGCCUUUUGAGCCAACUGCUGCUAUAUGGGGUUCACUUUUAGGUGCUUGUCGAGUCCAUUCAAAUGUUGAAGUAGGUGAAUUUGUGGGUCAUCGGCUUUUAGAAAUUGAGCCUGAAAACGCCGGGAAUUAUGUGAUCCUUUCUAAUUUAUAUGCCUCAGCAGGGAGAUGGGAAGAUGUAGGGACCAUAAGGGAAUUAAUGAAGGAGAAGUUUGUCAUAAAAGAACCAGGAAGAAGUUGGAUUGAGCUUGAUCAAAUCCUACAUACUUUUCAUGCAAGUGAUCGCUCCCAUCCAAGAAGGGAAGAGGUGUCAGCAAAGGUGAGAGAUUUAUCAGUCAAGUUUAAGGAGGCUGGCUAUGUUCCUGACUUGAGUUGUGUUUUAUACGAUGUUGAUGAGGAGCAAAAGGAGAAGAUACUUCUAGGCCACAGCGAAAAACUGGCUUUGGCUUUUGGGCUUAUUGCUACCUCAGAAGGAGUGCCAAUCCGUGUAAUAAAAAACCUUCGAAUUUGUGUUGAUUGUCAUAAUUUUGCCAAGUUUUUCUCGAAGGUUUGUGGCAGAGAGGUGUCCCUGAGAGAUAAAAACAGGUUCCAUCGAUUUGUUGGAGGAAUUUGUUCUUGUGGAGAUUACUGGUGAGUUUUGAAGACAGUUUGAUUCCAAAUCACCUUUAUGCUUUACCGAGGAAUGUUACAUGAACAAACACGAAAUCACGUGGUAGUGUAUUGACCACAGAGGAUGAUGAGCUACAAGGGUCACCCUUUCAGGUCCGCCAAGUUUUGUUGAGAUCAUAUUUUACCCAGAUCAUAGUAAAGAUGCCAGUUCUUUUCAAAUGGUAUGAUGCAGAAAUGAAAGCAAAUAUGCACUUGCUUACUAAAGAAACAAACUGGCUGAAUUUUGCUGGCUAAAAGAACAUAUCAAAGUUCAUCAAAAAUGAUGAUGGUUAAAAGGAUUCCACUCUACUUUCUCGGUGCUGUUUGAUCCUUGAGUUUUGGUAAAGCCUUAUUUCUUCUGGUUUCUGAAUACAGCUACAUAUGAUUGAAUGGGAGCCUUGGCGCAAGUCCAGAAAUUCGGAAAUCAUAAGUCUUUCUAUUUUAGUUCUCGGAAAGAUAUGGAGGAGCCUUCCUAAGAUGAUGUUGCCUGUGACCUUUUUCUAGCCAAGAAAAAAACUUUUAAUUUGAUUAUUCUUUAUAAAUUGAUACAGUAAGAUUUAUUUUUGUGCAA